AUGGCUCAGCCAGUCCAUACUCAUCUUCCAAGAGUGGAAAGUGUCCAGACCUACGGCAAAAAGAAACACGCACAAGCAGUUGCUCUUAUCACUAAAGGAAAAGGAAUGAUCAGAGUUAAUGGAGUUCCUCUUCAUCUCGUAGAACCACAAACAUUAAGAGUAAAAGUAUUAGAACCAAUUCUCUUGCUUGGUGAAUCUCGUUUUAGCAAGGUUGAUUUCAAAAUUAGAGUCCAUGGAGGUGGCUAUGUUAGCCAAAUUUACGCUGUAAGGCAAGCCAUUGCAAAAGGAAUUAUUGCUUUUUAUCAAAAAUACGUUGAUGAAGCUUCAAAAAGACAGAUAAAGGAAAUGAUUUUGGCUUACGACAGAUCCUUGCUGGUUGCUGAUCCUAGAAGAAAGGAGCCUAAGAAGUAUGGUGGUCCUGGCGCAAGAGCAAGAAGACAAAAGAGUUAUCGUUAA